CCGAGCCGAGGGGCAGGGACGCCCUGGGCACAGGGACCACACAGGGCGACUGGUGCCCCAAACCCCAGCCCGGGCCCUGGUCCACCCAGGACCAGGGUCUCAGAGCCGGCUCCCAGCCCCACUCAGYCCAGCAAGGGGAGGUGGUCCCGGAGCCCCCGGGAGGACACAGCUGCUCACCAGGACCCCCCGUGGGGGGCCCUCUUGGUCCCUACUCACCGCUGCAGCUGAGCCGACAGGGGCCUGUGGGGCAGCCGGCCCGGUGCAGGCGCCCUCCUGCAGAUGGAGGUGGCCGGCCUGACCCCCUACCCGCUGGGCCUCCUGCUGCUGCCCCUCCUGGCCAUGCUGCUGAUAGCCCUGUGCGUGCGUUGCCACGAGCCGCCCGACUCCUACGACAGCGCUCCCGCAGACAGUUCAAACCCCACGAGCAUCCUGAUCAAACCUCCCUACACACCAGUUCCCUGGCCACCUGCCACCUCCUACCCUCCUGUUAUCUCCUACCCACCUCCCAGCCAGCCAGACUUGCUCCCCAUCCCGAGAUCCCCGCAGCCCCCUGUGGGUUCCCACCGGAUGCCACCCUCCCAACAGGAUUCAGAUGGUGCUAACAGUACGGCGAGCUACGAGAACCAGGGUGCGUCUGGGAUCUCGCGUCCCCGGGCUAGGUGGGGCAGCUGGCAUCUGUCCCAGGUCAUGCUGACCCCURUGUCAUUGUCCCCAGAGCCAGCCUGUGAGGACGCAGAUGAAGAUGAUGAGGAGGACGACUAUCACAACCCGGGCUACCUGGUGGUGCUUCCUGACAGCACCCCAGCCACUAGCACUGCUGUCCCCUCAGCUCCUGUGCCCAGUGACCCUGGCCUCCGUGACAGCACCUUCUCCAUGGAAGAUUACGUGAACGUUCCUGAGAGCGGCGAGAGCGCAGAGGCGUCUCUGGAUGGGAGCCGGGAGUACGUGAACGUGUCCCAGGAGCUGGAGUCCGAGGCUCCAGCCGAGCCUGCUCCCCUGAGCUCCCAGGAAGUGGGGGAUGAAGAGGAAGAGGGGCUUCCGGACUAUGAGAACCUGCAGGAGCUUCACUGACGGCCUGCCGGGGUCACGUCUGUCCUGGAUCCAGCCUUGYGGGGCCAGCUGAGCUGGGCAGCUAGAAGUGGCUCUGGGGGCUCCACUUGGUACCCUGCCYUGGCUCCAGCUGGACAACAGCCUGAGAAUCCCCCCUAACUUAUUGUCACUUUGGGGGCCAGCCUGUGUCCCCCCCAAUACCCUGCACCUUCUGACGUAGCCUGAGAAUGAACCCCCUGGUCCAGCCCCACCCUCUGUAACCGAAUAAAGGCCGCGUGGUCUGUGGCGCCCUUGACUUUGAGGCCCCAGGGGCUGGAGGCUGAUGAGGUUGGGGUGCGCCGGGUCCUGCCUGUGUCUGCGCUGAGAACGUGGGAGGSCACACGUGCGUGUGCCUGCGUGUCGGGGAGCCGUGGAGACCUGUGUGUGCGUGCGGUGGUCUCCGUCACCCACAGGGUGGAGCGCCUGGCCUGGUCCUGGGAGUGACAGCAGACGCUGCCCGGCACACGGCUGCCUUUGGAGUGAGGCUGAGACCCAGGACCCAGGUCGCAUCCCCCACGAGGUGGUCCAUGCAAGUGCAGCGCUGGUGGMAGAGCCGCUGAUGGUGGGGUCUCCCGGGGGCGGUGUGGAUGUCAACCGUGAGACCCUCCCCCAGGCACUCAUCCUCUGUCCUUGUGACCAGGGACUGGCCCUGAUGACCUCGAGUGCUCUCCUGUGUGGUUCUCAGUAGAUCAGAAACGGUGGCCGCGAGUCGGCUGCUCUGGAGGGAGCCUGGCCGGGAGGGAGGCAGGGCCCCGACUGCCACCACAGCGAGACCUGGUCUCAAAAAAAAAAAGUUCUAGGUGGCUGACA